GUCCCUGGAUGCCCCGCGGCGCUCCCUCCUCGGCCGCGCCGUGCGCCCCGAUGGCCGGCAGUUGACCCCGUCCCCCAGGAUGACGCUGCGCGAGCGGCUGAGAGAGAAGAUCUCGGCGGCUUUCUACCGCCAUGGGCUGCUCUGCGCCUCCUACCCAGUUCCCAUCAUCCUCUUCACCUCCGCCAGCAUCCUCACCUGCUGCUAUCCGUUGUUGCGGCUCCCCCUGCCUGGGACGGGUCCCGUUGAGUUCACCACGGGGGGGCGAGACUACAGCGUCCCUUCCCAUGAGCCUCAGGGAGACCUCGGAGAGCGGCCCGACUGGUACCGGGGUCCCCCGGUGGCCUACAUCCAGCAGGUGUUGGUGAAGGCGGCGGUGUCUCCGUGGGACAGCAGCCUGGUGCCGGUGGACGUGUUUCGGUCUCCGCUGAGUCGAGCCUUCAGCCUGCUGGAGGAGAUCCGCAACCACGUGCACUCAGACGGCUCUGGGGUUCGCAGUCUGGAGUCGCUCUGUCUCCAGGUGACCGAUCUGUUUCCAGGGUUACGGCGGAUGCAGUCGGUGCUGCCGGAGCAUGGCUGUUUGCUCGUUUCCCCCGGCAACUACUGGCAGAACCAGCAGGAGCUGUUCGACUCGGACCCCGACCUCCUGAAGACGAUCCAGAAACACGAACCCAAAGGCCUCAGCACCUCGGCCACGCUGCGAGACCUGCUGUUUGGCGUCCCUGGGAAGUACACUGGGGUCAGUCACUACAACAGGAAGAGGGUGGUGACGUACACCAUCACUAUAGUGCUGUCCACCUACGAUGCAAGGUUCCUGGGCAGCCUGCGGUCCCGUCUGAAACAGCUCCACCCGUCAGCCAACUGCAGCCUGAGAGACGACCACAUGGUUCACGUGCAUUUCAAAGAGGAGAUUGGCAUCGCAGAGCUCAUCCCGCUCGUCACCACCUACAUCAUCCUGUUCGCCUACAUCUACUUCUCCACACGUAAGAUCGACAUGGUGAAGUCUAAGUGGGGUCUGGCUCUGGCUGCUGUGGUCACCGUGCUCAGCUCUCUGCUCAUGUCGGUGGGACUCUGCACGCUGUUUGGACUCACACCCACGCUCAAUGGAGGAGAGAUUUUCCCGUAUCUGGUGGUUGUGAUCGGCCUGGAGAACGUCCUGGUUCUCACCAAAUCUGUGGUGUCCACCCCCGUCGAUCUCGAGGUCAAACUCCGCAUCGCUCAGGGCCUUAGUAAUGAGAGCUGGUCUAUCAUGAAGAACAUGGCCACUGAACUGUGCAUCAUCCUCAUUGGAUAUUUCACUCUGGUGCCGGCUAUCCAGGAGUUCUGUCUGUUUGCUGUGGUGGGGCUGGUGUCCGACUUCUUCCUGCAGAUGUUCUUCUUCACCACGGUGUUAUCUAUAGACAUCCGACGCAUGGAGCUGGCUGAUUUGAACCGCCGCCUGCCAGCUGAAGCCGGUCUCCCGCCUCCCAAACCCGGCCCUCUGCGUCCCCGUGAAGCCCCGCCCCCUCCACGGCCCUCCCCCCACACCAUCACCCUGCAGACCCCCGCCUUCAGGAACCUGCGGCUCCCCAAGAGGCUGAGGGUCGUCUACUUCCUGGCCCGAACCCGCCUGGCUCAGCGCAUCAUCAUGGUGGGCACGGUGAUCUGGAUCGGCAUCCUGGUCUACACCGACCCGGCUGGGAUCAGAACCUACCUGGCUGCUCAGGUGUCGGAGCAGAGCCCUCUGGGAGACCCCGGAGGAGGCGCUCUGCCCCCCCACCUGGGCGGGGCCCCUGUGUUUCGUGGAGUCGACCCCACCAGCACCCUCAGCAUCCACCCUGCUCCAGAUCCAACCCCCUUACCUGACAACCACUCACAGGGCCACCACGAUGGGGCUGGCAGGGCGGGGCCCCUCCCCCAGCCGCCCCCCCCCGCGGUGCCUCAGAUCACCUGGGGACCCGAGGACCAGGAGGGCUGGAGGAGGCUCUCCUUCAGACACUGGCCCUCGCUCUUCAGCUACUACAACAUCACGCUGGCCAAGAGGUACAUCAGCAUCCUGCCCGUCAUUCCCGUCACGGUUCACCUCAGCCCUCAGGAGGCCAUCGAGACGCGGCACCCUCAGGACACGAGGCACCCCCCCCCCUCCAUUCCCAAGGUCUCUGCAGACCUACAGACGGACCUCACCCUCUACAAGGUUGCAGCUCUGGGUCUGGCGGCGGGGGUCCUGCUGGUUCUGCUGCUCUUCUGUCUCUACCGGGUCCUCUGCCCGCGGAACUACGGCCAGAACGGGGUCUCUCACGGGCGCCGGCGCCGCGGGGAGCUGCCCUGCGACGACUACGGAUACUCGCCUCCCGUCAGCGAGAUCUCCCCGCUGCUGCUGAGGGGCCACAGCAUGGACAUCGAGUGUCUGGCCAGUGACGGGAUGCUUCUGGCCAGCUGCUGUCUGGCAGGUCAGAUCCGGGUCUGGGACGCUCAGACUGGAGACUGUCUGACCGUCAUCCCACACCAGGGGUUGAAGCGCAGCAGCAGCAGCAGUGGCUUCUGGGAUCAGCGGGACGGCUGGGACGGUGUGGGCGGAGCCUCAGAGUUUGAGUGUUUGGGCUCCGACCCCCCCCUCAGCGACGGGCUCUCUGAGGAGGACGGCUUCCCUCUGAGACGCCGCUCCGCCCCCUCCCGUCCCACGCUGUUCAACGACCAGCCCGACCUCACGCCGCUCAUCGACACCAACUUCGCCUCCCAGCCCCCGUCCCACCUCGGCACCCCGCCCCCCUCCCACCUCUGCACCCCGCCCCGCGACGGCUUUGACUUCGGGGGUCUGGUGGAGCGCGCCUACAUCGAGCACGAGCCCCCCUCCCCCUCCACGUACCCAUCGGCCUCGUCCUCCCCGCCCUCAGGGGUCCCGCUCCAGAGGAGACCCAGCGGAGGGGACGCCUCCGCCUCGCUGACCCCAGAAAGAGGCUCCGCCACGGGGACGCAGGCCACCGCCGACUGGGAGAGCUCCGUGUGGGCGCUGGAGCUCAGAGGAAACCUGAUCGCUGCAGGGAGGAGCAGCGGGAAGCUGGAGUUGUGGGAUGCAGUGGAGGGCUCGCUGCGCUGCGUUAAUGAAGACGGGGGCUCUGGAAUCACAGCUCUGGCCUUCCUCAACAACAGGAUCGUGGCGGCUCGGCUGAACGGCUCUCUGGACUUCUUCACUGUGGAGAUAAACAAGCCUCUGGGUCUGCUGCAGUACAGAGGUGCUCCUGGUCGAGGCACCAUGCCCCCCUCCCCAUGUUACAGCAGUGAGGAUGUGAUCAGCUGUCAGCUGACGCGCUCCGUACAGUGCGCUCACCAGAAGCCAAUCACAGUGCUGCGAGCGGCGGCCGGCCGGGUGGUGACGGGCAGCCAGGACCACACCGUCAGGAUUUAUCGCCUGGAGGACUCGUGCUGCCUCUUCACCCUGCAGGGUCACUCUGGAGGGAUCACAGCCAUCUACAUAGACCAGACGAUGGUCCUGGCGAGCGGCGGGCAGGACGGAGCCAUCUGCCUCUGGGACGUCCUGACGGGGAGUCGUGUCAGCCAUGUUUACGGUCACCGUGGCGACGUCACCUCGUUGGUCUGCACCACCUCCUGCGUCAUCAGCUCGGGACUGGACGACCUCAUCUGUAUCUGGGACCGAAGCACGGGGAUCAAACUGUACUCCAUACAGCAGGAGGCGGGCUGCGGGGCCAGUCUGGGGGUCAUCUCUGAGUCCCUGCUGGUGACGGGGGGGCAGGGCUGCGUCUCCUUCUGGGACCUGAACUUUGGGGACCUGCUGCAGACGGUGUAUUUGGGCCAGAGCAGCGAUGGGCAGGGCGUCCGGCAGCUGCUGGUGCUCGACAACGCCGCCAUCAUCUGUGACUUCGGCAGCGAGCUCAGCCUGGUGUACGUGCCCUCGGUGCUGGAGAAACUCGACUGAGGAGGGACGGGGAAAACAAACACAAACUCAAAACUUGUUUUGCUCUUUUCUUGUUUCUGACUCCCAAAGAGCCACGGUUUGUCGAACAGUUGCAUAAAAGGCUCUUUUUAUUUUUAUUUUAUUGUAGUACAAGCCCGGAUGUAGAAAAACAAACGGACUGAUUGUGCGACCUGCUGCAUUUUAUCAGAGGAAGGAGCGUGACAGACUCUCGAUCCUGAACAUUUUUAACGAGGGUCAAUUUUAAGAAAAGCUGGAUGUUUUAAAGAGGAUCCACCGGUCACCAGUUUGUGCUUUUUUCGUUUGUUUUUUUAAUGCGUGUGUUUAUUUUGUGGCUCUGCCCUCUAUGCUGCUUAUACGGGUGAGGCUGUACUGAGACCUCACCCGCCCAGAGAGGAAGAUACAACUGUCUCCUUAUUUUUUAAUAUUCCUGCUGCCUCUUUUUGCAGCUGUGCAGGUCUACGGCCUGUCAGGAGGAGCUGCGCAGUUUUGUGUGUGUGUGUGUGUGUGUGUGUGUGUGUGUGUGUGUGUGUGUGUGUGUGUGUGUGUGU